AUGGCCAGAACGGCAAUGCCGCAGCGAAUCAUAUGCAAUCGACACAAGCUUCCCAUCUUCCCGCCACGAGUUCCCUUUCCACGACCGAUUGCACAUCUUCGUUCCGCGUUCGUGCAUGUCGGAAGCCGGUACGAGACAUUCGCUCCGCCCUACCGGUUCGAGUGCACAGUCCAUGCCGAUCGAACGACUGCGCGCGGUGGGAUCGUCCCCCAAGCCGACCAUCCCUAUCCAUUUCCCAUCAUUCCCAGUACACACCCUGGUCUGGCUUUUCAAAACCGUCAUGGUCCGCAGGGUAUACCGGACGUGGCUUCUGCCGCUGCUGGUGCUGGAGACGGCAGCACAGUCGACGACGGUGUGCUCGUCGUCGAAUACGGCCUCUUCUGGAGCAAGUGCACAAAAUCAGCCUGCGUCAACAUCUGCAAGGGGCAGUCGGCAUACGCCGUGGUGCAGUUUGAAGAGUGCUGGUGCAGCAACGUGGCGCCCAGCUCGACGGUGGACAAUAGCGGCUGCGACACGCCCUGUCCGGGAUAUCCCUCGGAAAUGUGCGGCGGCGACGGCCUCAAGCGCCAGCAUCACAGCAAGCGCCAGCAUCACAGCAAGCGCCGGCAUCACAACAAGCGCCACCAUCACAGCAGGCACCAUCAUCACAGCAGGCACCAUCAUCACAGCAAGCACCAUCCUCACAGCAAGCACCCUCAUCACAACAACAGCAACAACAGCAACAACAAAAUCCACCCUCAUCACAACCACCCAGCCCUCAGUCAUCAAGCUCAGAGCAACCGCCAGCUCCACCUCAAAUCAUCACAAUCACUCAGGUAUGUCAUGCUCCGUUCGACCAACGAACAAGGCUCCAAAACAAUCAUCAAAACUGUCCAGGCCGUCGCAUCUUCUGUAGAGGAUAAACCCGCCACCCUCCGCACCGUCACCGUGACGGGGUCCCUCGCGGUCAUCACGGCCGCGGCCUCCAACAGCACCACGGCCGCGGGCGCCGUACCACCUCAGGGCAACAGCGGCGCGGGCGCGGGCGCGGGCGGCCUGAAGCAGGGCACCAUUGCCGGCAUCGCGGUCGGCGGGUCGGCGGCGGGCGUCUUCAUGGGUCUGAUUGCCUUUAUGCUGUGGCGGCGCAACAAGUACCGGGGCGGCGGCAGCAGCAAGGACCGGGGCGAGGAGGUGGCGGGCGAGGUGAGCUUCUUUGGGGCGGCCGGAUCGACGACGAUGAUUCGCAGAGACAACACGAGCGCGUCGGAAGACUCGCGGAUGGGCGCGUUUGGGCAGAAACAGAAUGUGUACCGCAAUAGCAUCGGGAGUCUGGAGGAUGCGUCGGUGCACUCGAACCAGGUGCUGCGCGUGGUGAAUCCGGAUGUGGAAGACGAGCUGGAAAUCAAAUAA